AAUGACAGUCACACAGAGACGUUGACAUUUAUAAACAAACUAAAAAAGCAAACCCUUUCAAAAUGUCUGAUACGGAGCAUUUAUCUAUGGGUUCCAUUAAACCAGUAUUUCCGGAUGACGGUAUCUUGCGUUUGUAUUCCAUGCGCUUUUGCCCAUACGCACACCGUGUUCACCUUGUCCUGGAUGCUAAAAAAAUUCCACAUCACAAAAUUUACAUAAACCUGCGUGACAAACCUGACUGGUUUGCCAACGUCAGUGCCACUACUAAAGUACCAGCACUAGAGCUUGUCACAGAGGCGCCAACGGGUGCAGGAUCACCACCUAUACUUAUUGAAUCGCUUUUCAUAUGCGACUAUCUGGAUGAAAAGUAUCCCGAGAUAUCGUUACAUCCCAAAGAUCCCCUAAAGAAGGCAGAGGAUCGAAUCCUUGUUGAUCGUUUUGGUCAAUUUAUAAAUGCCAUCUAUAAACUUCUAUUGCAUGAUGAUCCCGCUCAAGUGGGAGAUGCUUCCCUAUAUGAAGGCUUAGAUAUUUACGAGAAAGAGUUGAAGCGCCGGGAUACACCCUUCUUUGGUGGAUCUAAGCCUGGCAUGUUGGACUAUAUGAUCUGGCCGUGGUGUGAGCGUUUUGCCGCUUUGAAGUAUACCCUAGGCGAGGACGUUAAACUAGAUCCUGUACGAUUCAAAAUUUUGCUUCAGUGGGAGGAGUUGAUGCUCAAGGAUCCAGCUGUAAAAAACUUCUUUUUAGAUGGUGAAGUUCAUGCCAAAUAUAUGAAGUCUCGACGUGAGGGCAAUGCGGACUACAAUAUGCUCUACAAUGCUGCCAAACGUCCGAAGUUGGAAUAAACCUAUUAACAAUUCGAUGACCCUAAUAUAUACAGAACAAAUGUGAAAUAUAGGCAACGCCAAUUAAAUGUACAACAUUUUUUUCAAUUUUUUUGAAAUAAAAAAAAACAUCAUGAAAAAUGUGUUUACUGGGCUAAAGCUUCUGUUAAUGUUAUUAACAGAACUUCAUGUAAACUUACCCUAA